CCGGCGGGGGGUCAUAACCCCGGAAGUCAGCGUCUGGCGCGCAUUUCAGUUUGGCGGUUUCGGAUCUGUAGUCAAACUGGGGCGGGAUGUGGUCGCGAACCAACCGAGCUGCUGAGGAGUUUUACGCUCGUCUCCUUCAGGAAUUUGAUGAAGAAAAGAAAGGAAUCUGUAAAGAUCCAUUUAUCUAUGAGGCUGAUGUUCAAGUGCAGUUGAUCAGCAAAGGCCAACCAAAUCCUUUGAAAAAUAUUCUAAAUGAAAAUGACACAGUAUUCAUCGUGGAAAAAGUGCUUUUAGAAAAGGAAGAAACAAGUCAUGUUGAAGAACUACAAUCUGAAGAAACUGCUAUUUCAGAUUUCUCUACUGGUGAAAAUGUUGGACCACUUGCUUUACCAGUUGGGAGAGCCAGGCAGUUAAUUGGACUUUACACCAUGGCUCACAAUCCUAAUAUGACCCAUUUGAAGAUUAAUCGGCCAGUUACUGCCCUUCCUCCCCUUUGGGUAAGGUGUGAUGGUUCAGAUCCUGAAGGUACCUGUUGGCUGGGAGCUGAGCUUAUCAUAACCAAUAACAUCAUCACAGGAAUUGUCUUGUGCAUGGUCACCUGUAAAGCUGAUAAAAAUUAUUCUGUAAAUCUUGAAGAUCUCAAAAAUUCACACAAGAAAAGACAUCACUUGUCUACUUUAACAGCCAGCGGCUUUGCCCAGUAUGAGCUCUUUAAGUCCACUGCCUUGGAUGAUACAGUUGCUGCCUCACAAACUACAAUCACUUUGGAUAUUUCCUGGAGUCCUGUGGAUGAGAUUCUUCAAAUCCCUCCACUCUCUUCAACUGCAACUCUGAAUAUUAAGGUGGAAUUGGGAGAGCCCAGAGGUCCUCUGAAUCAUCUUCACAGACAACUGAAAUUUCUCCUUGUUUUAGCUGAUGGUUUGAGGACUGGUGUAACUGAAUGGCCUGAGUCUCUGGAAGCAAAAUCUGCUGUUGAACUUGUGCAGGAAUUUCUGAAUGACUUAAAUAAGCUGGAUGAAUUUGGUGAUUCUACAAAAAAACCCACAGAGACAGUGAAACAUGACUCUGCUGCAGUUGAUCGGUCCAUGGAGUGUCUUCUCACAGUACGGGGUGAUCUCGAUUUUGCUGAGCAGCUGUGGUGCAAAAUGAGCAGUAGUGUGAUUUCUUAUCAAGACUUGGUGAAGUGUUUCACGUUGAUCAUCCAGAGUCUACAGCGUGGUGAUAUACAGCCAUGGCUUCAUAGUGGGAGUAACAGUUUACUAAGUAAGCUCAUUCAUCAGUCUUACCAUGGAACCAUGGACAUGGUUUCUCUCAGUGGGAUUGUUCCAGUUCAGAUGCUUUUGGAAAUUGGUUUGGAUAAACUGAAGAAAGAUUAUAUCUGUUUUUUCAUAGGCCAGGAACUUGCAUCUUUGAAUCAUUUGGAAUAUUUCAUUUCUCCAUCAGUAGAUACACAAGAACAGGUUCAUCGUGUUCAAAAACUCCACCAUAUUCUCGAAAUAGUAGUCAGUUGCAUGCUUUUCAUUAAACCUCAACAUGAACUCCUCUUUUCUUUAACACAAUCCUGCAUAAAAUUUUAUGAACAAAAUCCUCUUGAUGAGCAACACAUUUUUCAGCUGCCAGUCAGACCAACUGCUAUAAAAGACUUAUAUCAAAAUGAGAAGCCACAGAAAUGGAGAGUGGAAAUAAACAGUGGUCAAAAGAAGGUGAAAACAGUUUGGCAACUGAGUGACAGCCCACCUGUAGAUCAUCUGAAUCUUCACAAACCUGGUAGAGAUGAUUUUUCUGAAUUAACAUUAAACGGUAGCCUGGAAGAAAGGAUAUCCUUUACUAACAUGGUUACCUGCAGCCAGGUGCAUUUCAAGUGAAGUGUGCUGAUGGGACCCUCUGUAAGCUCAAGCCAAAAAAAGAGAGAGAGAGAGAGAGAAAGAGAGGUGGUGGGAAGGUAAUUAUCACAGAACCUGAAAACAGAUGUAUGUAAACCUUCGAAGGAGAAAAAGGAGGAAGAUCCUGAAGAAGAUCCCGAAGGUUCU